UCUGUCAAAAUGAAGUAGUGGCACCUCUCCCUUACUCAAGAUGGCCGGCCGUGUGCCAUGACUAAACAUGGCUUCUCUCGUUGAUACCGCAGCGCAAGCCCGCAGUCAACAUGGUCGCCCAAGCCUCCUCCGCCCAUCCCAUCUGGCGCAAUGACAGGCCGACGGUGUAUCCAUCUGGAUUGUUCUCUGCCUGGUGGUUAGGUAGCAGAGUGACGGCGAGUGAGCUGGUGCCGGUCCCGCAAUGAGUCUCACCCCGCAGGUGUACUGGGCGCAGAGGCACCAUGAGCUGUAUCUCCGGGUGGAGCUCAGUGACGUGCAGAAUCCAGAUAUCAACAUUACAGACAAUGUCCUGAAUUUCAAAGCUCUGGGACAUGGUGCCAAAGGGGUUAACACAUACCAGUUUUCAUUGGAAUUCCUUGAACCUGUAAAAGCAAAGGUUCUGCAGCGAUCCACGCAGCGCCAUGUUACCAUCACUGUGAAGAAGAGUGAAGACCAUUGGUGGCCACGCUUGACCAAGCAGGAGCGUAAACCAUUGUUCCUGGCUCCAGACUUUGACCGGUGGAUUGAUGAAUCCGAUGCAGAGAUGGAAAUUAAGGAGAAGGAAGAACAAAGAAUAACAAAGAUAAGAACAGAAUCCAGAGUGCGGGAAGAUCCUUUCCUGUAUGUUAAGCGUGGGUACUUGUUCAUGUAUAACCUAGUGCAGUUCCUGGGAUUCUCCUGGAUCUUUGUCAAUAUGACUAUCCGACUGUUUAUUUUAGGAAAAGACUCUUUCUACGAUACAUUUCACACAAUGGCUGACAUGAUGUAUUUCUGUCAAAUUCUGUCUGUAUUGGAGAUUAUAAAUCCCUUAAUAGGAUUGGUGAAAAGUGCAGUCGUGCCGGCUGUGAUCCAGGUGCUAGGCAGGAACUUUUUACUUUUUAUCAUCCUUGGACAAGUGUCUGAGAUACAGAACAAUGGUGUCAUCUUCUUCAUAUUCUACAUAUGGAGUGUCAUUGAAGUCAUCAGGUACCCAUUCUACAUGCUGGCCUGCAUAGACAUGGAGUGGAAGCUGCUUACGUGGAUAAGAUACACCAUCUGGAUUCCACUCUACCCACUAGGAGUUUUGUCAGAAGCUGCCUCCAUUGUCCUGUCAAUACCAAUCUUCACAGAGACUGGAAAAUUUAGUCUCCACCUUCCAUCACCCUUGAAUGUGAACAUCAGUUUCUCUGUCUUUCUUAUCUUUUACUUGAUCGUCUUAGUUUUGGGACUCAUCAUUAAUUUCCGCCACUUGCACAAGCAGAGACGCAGGCGUUUGGGAAGUCGGAAAAGGAAGAUGCAUUAAUGAUCGGCUGUUUUGUGUCUUGGCGAAGAAGCAUUUGUUUAAUGGUUUUUGUUUUUUCUCACCCCUUCCUUCACUGAAUGCAGUCCCCCCCCCAGUACUGGGACCAAUGUGUUCAUUCUGAGAGUGUAUCUCACACACAUUCCUGCUGUCUGUUUCACAGGGCCUUUUGAGGGGUGGUAUUCAUGUGACCGCCGGCAUGCCGACCAACAGGGACUAUUUCCACUCGUGGGUGUCCACGACACCCAUAGAGUGGGAAUAGAACCCGUGGUGACCGCCACCGAGCCCGCAGCGUGGCGAGCGCAGCGAGCCCGCAAGGGGCUUGCUGCACUCGCCCCUCCCCGCCGGGAUCCCGGCGUCUGUACGCCUUUUGAGGACUAGCACCUCAGCAGCAGUUUAAGUGUCUGUGAUAGCAGCAUCCACUUAGAUUCAAUGUAUAAUACAGAGAACCACUUAUAAUGUGGGGUUGGGGGGUGUAGAGUUCUAAAUUCCCUCGGUGUACAUUUUACUCCCCACACUCAUGAAUGGAAUCUUUAACACGUCACAGAUAUAGCAUGGACACAACUCUCAGACUACUAAAAUAUGCAUCAGCAGGUUCUGAAAAUGUAUAAUUCUAGAUGAAAUACACAAUCUGUCUUUUUAACUGGUUAUUAAUUACAUCCACAAGCAUUAAACAUGGUGCUAUGUCACCAAAGUUCUUAUGUGCUCUGUAACAGGAAGGAGUCGCAUUAUGAUCUUGUGUAAAAUUAAACAGAAUUUACAAUUUUAA